AUGGGCAAAGACUCCUUGUAUCAGCACCCAACAAGAAGUGAAAUUAUCGAACUGGCUGUAGCCGAGGGUCACGAUGCAGACAUCCCCAGCAAUGCAGGAUCCUUAGGCCAUCUCCCGAGCAACUCGCCGGCGCCGCCUCAGAAACACCUGCGCGAUAAGGACGACCCGGAGAAGCCAGCGCCGCUAUUUAUGGACAAGGAUCUCGAAAAGGAUCUGGAGAAGGGCGAGCGGCCGGAAUCAGUGUCCAGUGAAGAGGAGGAAGUCGUUGAGGAAGUAAGCGAAAAUGAUCCGAAUGUAGUGUGGUGGGAUGGCCCCGACGACCCUCAGAACCCGAUGAACUGGCCGUUUCCCAAGAAAUGGGGUACCGUGAUACUCGUCUCGGCCAUCACGUUCCUUACGCCGUUGGCUUCGUCGAUGUUUGCUCCAGGCGUGCCAGAGGUUAUGCAGACUUUUCAAUCGACGAAUGAUAUGCUGCAGGGCUUCAUGGUGUCCGUUUACGUGCUAGGCUUUGCUUUUGGACCGAUGAUCAUCGCGCCACUGUCUGAGAUGUACGGUCGGCUACCGUUGUAUCACAGCUGCAACACUAUGUUCGUGGUAUUCUGUAUCGCGGCCGCCGUGUCUUCGAAUAUGGGCAUGUUCAUUGUUUUCCGAUUUUUCAUGGGCUGCUUUGGAGGCGCGCCUCUGGUGCUGGGUGGUGGAACGAUUGCGGACUUAAUAUCCCGCGAGCAACGCGGAACCGCCAUGGUCGUCUGGAUGAUGGGACCAACAGUAGGACCUUGUGUCGGCCCUAUCAUCGGCGGCUUUCUCACUGCCGCGCGUGGCUGGCGAUGGAACUUCUGGUUCGUUGCCAUCUUGGCCGGCGCCUUCACCAUGAUGUCCAUGAUCCUCAUGAACGAGACGUCUGCGCCAAUAAUCCUCGAACGCAAAGCCAAGCGCCUCCGCGCCGAGACAGGCAACUUAAAACUCCGCUCGAAGCUCGCCAGCGACCUUUCUCCGCGGGACCUCUUUACAUUCUCUAUCGUGCGUCCUGUGAGGAUGCUCACGCGCUCGGCGAUUUGCGCUGCAAUGUCCGUUUAUGUGGCUAUCACGUAUGCGUACCUUUAUAUCCUCUUCACUACGUUUACGGCCGUGUUCGAGAACCAGUACCACUGGCACGGCGGCAUGGUAGGCCUGUCCUUCCUGGGUCUGGGCCUGGGUUCCCUGAUCGGCCAGUUUGUCUUCACGCGCUACGGGAACAAGACUGCGAACAAGCAUCUCGCGCGCGGAGACUUCAAGCCCGAGCACCGGCUCUACAUCAUGUGUGGAGGCGGCUUCUUCCUUCCCGUCGGCCUGUUCUGGUACGGAUGGUCCGUGCAAGCGCAGACUCACUACAUGGUCCCUAUCGUGGGCACUGGAGUCAUUGGAUUUGGCCUACUUAUGACCUUCAUGCCCGCUAACGUCUACCUGGUGGAUGUUUUCACGGUGCACGCGGCCAGUGCGAUGGCGGCGAACACCGUGCUGAGGAGUUUGUGCGCUGCGCUGAUUCCGCUGAGCAGCCAGAAGAUGUAUGCGGCAAUGGGGUACGGGUGGGGCAAUAGCUUGCUCGGUUUCGUCGCCUUAUUCCUGGUGCCGAUUCCGUUUCUUUUCCUGAGAUAUGGGGAGCGCAUCAGGAUGAGGAGUACAGUGAAUCUGUAG